GUGCCGGGCUUGGUAAACGCCGCCCUGGGCCGGGAGGUGCUGGCGUCCAGCACGUGCGGGCGGCCGGCCACUCGGGUCUGCGACGCCUCUGACCCACGGCGGGCACACCCCGCCGGCCUCCUGACCUCUGCGGGGGGACCCGCCAGUCCUCUGUGCUGGCGCUCGGACUCACUGCCUCGGGCACCCCUCAACGUGACCCUCACGGUGCCCCUGGGCAAGGCCUUCGAGUUGGUCUUCGUGAGCCUGCGAUUCUGCUCAGCGCCCCCAGCCUCGGCGGCCCUGCUCAAGUCGCAGGACCAUGGCCGCAGCUGGGUCCCCCUGGCCUUCUUCUCCUCCCACUGCGGCCUGGACUACGGCCGUGCACCGGCCCCGACUGACGGCACCGCUGGCCCAGGGCCUGAGGCCCUGUGCUUCCCAGCACCCCAGGCCCAGCCCGAUGGUGGCGGCCUCCUGGCCUUCAGCGUGCAGGACGGCAGCCCACCGGGCCUGGAUCUGGACAGCAGCCCAGUGCUCCAAGACUGGGUGACUGCCACAGACAUCCGCAUAGUGCUCACCAGGCCUGGCCUGCCGGGGGACGCCAGGAACUCAGAGGUCACGGUCCCCUAUUCCUAUGCAGCCAUGGACCUCCAGGUGGGUGGGCGCUGCAAGUGCAACGGGCACGCCUCACGGUGCCUGCUGGACUCCCAGGGACACCUGGUCUGCGACUGCCGGCACAGCACCGAGGGCCCCGACUGCGGCCGCUGCAAGCCUUUCUACUGCGACAGGCCCUGGCAGCGGGCCACGGCCCGCGAAUCACACGCCUGCCUUGCUUGCUCCUGCAACGGCCAUGCACGCCGCUGCCGCUUCAACAUGGAGCUGUACCGACUGUCUGGCCGCCGCAGUGGGGGCGUCUGCCUGAACUGCCGGCACAACACUGCAGGCCGCCACUGCCACUACUGCCGGGAGGGCUUCUAUCGAGACCCGGGCCGUGCGCUGAAUGACCGUCGUGCCUGCAGGGCCUGUGACUGUCACCCCGUGGGUGCUGCUGGCAAAACCUGCAACCAGACCACAGGCCAGUGUCCUUGCAAGGACGGCGUCACUGGCCUCACCUGCAACCGCUGUGCCCCUGGUUUCCAGCAGAGCCGCUCCCCAGUGGCACCCUGUGUUAAGAUCCCUGUCCCUGGACCCACUGAAGAGAGCAGUCCUGUGGUGCCCGAGGACUGUGACUCGCACUGCAAACCCGCCCACGGCAGCUACCGCAUCAGCCUGAAGAAGUUCUGCAGGAAGGACUAUGGACGACACCUGUCGUCCUCCUCACCCGGGUGUCCCGCGGGUGCCCCUUGGCCGUGGCCGCUGUGCCGGGCGGCAGCUCGCCCGGCCGUGCCCCGGGAGCUGAAGCAGGGGCCUUAG